GCCGAGCGCCUGCCCGUUUUUCUUCUUAACCUAAUCCCGAAAAUCUUUGCGCCUUCUCUCAUUUUUGAUUUCUCAGGCAGUGCUGAGGCUUUAUCGUAAGGGAAGAAGAGAGCCCAGCGCGAGUGGAAGAACGAGCCGGACCAAGAUUAUUAUAGUGGGGAGAUGAUGAAGGAGGACGAGGUGGAGCGGUUGAGGGGAUUGGUGAGGGACUGCCUUAGCAAGCAUCUCUAUUCCUCAGCCAUCUUUUUCGCCGACAAGGUGGCUGAGGCAAGUUCUGAUCCCGCCGACAUUUACAUGCAGGCUCAGGCUCUCUUUCUUGGAGGCCAGUACCGCCGGGCCCUUCACCUACUGAACUCCUCUUCCAUCGUCCUUCGUGACCUGCGCUUCCGCUACCUCGCUGCCAAAUGCCUCGAGGAGCUAAAAGAAUGGCACCAGUGCUUGACGAUGCUGGGCGAUGCCAAAGUGGAUGAACACGGAAACGUGAAUUGCCCGAAGGAUUGCAGUCCUAUGUACUUGGACAAGGAUGGAGAGGAUCGUGAAAUCAACAUUACCGCAGCAGUUUGUUAUUUACGUGGCAAGGCCUUCGAAGCUUUGGAGAACCGUAUCCAAGCAAGAUUAUGGUACAUAGCAGCUGUCAAGUCUGACCCUUUUUGUUAUGAGGCUUUACAAAGUUUGGUUGACAAUCUUUCACAUUUAAUUCUUUGUGAAAAGGAAUCAAGCCUGUUAGCAUCUCUACAAUUUGGCGAGGAGGACCAAUGGCUGUCAACAAUUUAUUCAUGUUUAGUGAAGAAGCAUGAAAAAGAAAAUGUUGUGGAAGCAAAGGUUAGAGAUAUUGAGAGAGACAACCCUUGCACCAAUUCGAGUUCACCCUUCAUGCUUGUGCUAAAAAAUAAUGCUGAUUUAUUGGUCUGCAAUGCUGACUACUACUAUCAGUGUGGAGAGUAUCAAGAAUGCUUUGAGCUCACCUCUUUGUUACUUGCAAAAGAUCCUUUUCAUAUGAAAUGCACUUUAUUUCAUUUGGCUGCUGCUAUGGAGCUUGGACAUUCUAAUGAUCUAUAUCUUCUUGCUUGCAAUUUGAUAAAGGACCAUCCUCAAAAAGCUAUUUCAUGGUUUGCUAUCGGUUGCUACUACUACAGCAUAAAGAAGUACGAUCAAGCAAGAAAACAUUUCAGCAAGGCAACCAGUGUGGAUGCCACCUUUCCACCUGCUUGGAUAGGCUCUGGAAAUGCUUAUGCUGUACAAGAAGAGACUGAUCAAGCAAUGGUUGCAUAUCGCACUGCAGCUCGUUUAUUUCCUGGGUGUCAUCUGCCAACAUUAUAUAUUGGGAUGGAAUACAUGAGAACACACAAUUUCAAACUUGCCGAACAAUUCAUUUUGCAGGCAAGGGCAAUAUGCCCUUUAGAUCCACUGGUCUAUAAUGAACUUGGAGUUGUUGCUUAUCAUAUGAAGGAGUAUCAGAAAGCUGCUCAGUGGUUCGAAAUGACUUUGUUUGAUGUUGCAUCUUCUUUGAAUGACAUGUGGGUGCCAACCUUGGUGAAUCUUGCUCAUGUCCAAAGGAAACUAAAGAUGUAUCACAAGGCUGUGUCAAGUUAUGAAAAAGCCAUUGCUCUUUCCAAUCGGAGCUUGAGUGCAUUUGCUGGUCUUGCAUAUACUCAUCAUCUAAUGGAUAACUUGGAUGCCGCAGUUACUUAUUAUCACAAGGCGUUAUGGUUGAAGCCAGAAGACCAGUUUUGCAACGAAAUGCUUACCAUGGCAUUGGAGAUGCAAGGGCGUGGCAUGUACCUGUUAUGACUCUUUGACAUUAUUCCGCUGCUGUUUUAUGUGCGUGUAUGUAAUAUUUUGUACGAAGGUGAGCAUUUAUUUGAUUAUUUUCAGUUAUUAGAAAAUUUCCUAUUUAAAUUUGGCAGAUAUUGUUAGAAUAGAGGCCCCUUCGAUUUUUGUAAUAUAAAUAGCAACCUCGAGGACUUUGAUACCUGCUUUUGUGUUAAGAUUAACCUUUGCUUUGAAAAUCUGAGCAAGGGUGAAUUUGUUGUCAGGGCUUCAUGCGGUUACCUUCUAUUAAAAUAUUGUGGCUUCUUUACAAUCUCACCUGCAUGUUAGGUGAAGAAAUAAGUCUAAAUGUCCAUUAUUAUUUCCAGUCAUUGAUCAGUAAAAUUGUAUAAAGUUUGAAUUU